AUGCGUAACGUCUACGGAAUUGUUGUGCUUUUUGCCGCUAUCACCCUCACAACAUCUCAGAAAACUGAUGCUAUUUUACGAAAUGAUUUCGACGGUCCACAUGUGGAUGGCUCAUACAAAUGGGCCAUACAAACAGAAGGUGGUAUUUAUCACGAACAGCGUGGUUCAGUGCAAAAUAACGAAGCACAAAAUCUGUUAGUCGAAGGACAGUAUCAAUACACAGCUCCUGAUGGACAGGUAAUUCGCUUGUUAUAUACAGCAGAUGAGAACGGUUUCCAUCCGGUGGGAGACCAUCUCCCCACCCCACCUCCGAUCCCGCCUCUAAUUCAAAGAGCCUUGGACUAUCUAGCUUCACUACCACCGAAAAACUACGAA